AUUUCCGCCAUCUCAGGCGACGGCAAAAUUAUUGAUAAAAACAUUAUAUUGUGAGAUCUGCAGAUACUGUAUAGACCGAGAAGUACUAUCAAAUACUGGAGAAGAAGACAAAACGAGUCCUCUUAAAGUCUUCGCCAGGACUAGAAAGCAGCCAAAUAUGGCGGUCGACAGGCGAGACGAUAAAGACAGUGAACUGAAUGUGCUGGAGGACAUUCUCACUGAUGCUCCUGAUCAGGACGAUGAGCUGUACAACCCAGAGAGUGAACAUGACAUCAGCGAGAAAAAAGGAUCCAAAAGAAAGACGGAGCGAGGGGACACCCAGGAGUCCAAACGGAUGAAGUCUUCAGGCCACUCAGCCAGGCAGCCAGUUAAAAGAAACGUCCAUUCAGUUGGUUCCAAUGGGAAAAAGCUGUCCACCACCAGGGGGCGCCACCCAUCUGAGGACUUCUACGAGGAGAGAAAGAACCACUCUCUGAGGGGUGGGGCCUCGCGCAGUGACUCCUCCAAAGGGCACAGUGAUAAGGGCCUCACUCAUAGUCGAGAGCCACAGAGGAGAAUUAAACCACUGAUGCCUGAACUGUCCCAGAAGCUGCGGCAGUCCAGAGAGGACAGCAUCGGGAGAGGGAGUCACUCCUCCAAAGAAGAGGCAGCCCAUUCAGAGGAGUAUGUGUCUGACCAGGAGACAGGCAGCUCUGCGGCCUCCUCGGAAGGAAACCGAUCUGAACUGGAGGAGGAGGAGGUUAUGGAGGAAGAGGAGGAGGAGGAGGAGGAGGAGGGGGAGAAGGUUCCUGAAGAAGAUGAGGAUAUUGAGGAGGAGGAGGAGGGAGAGGAUGAGGAGGAAUAUGAGCUGGAGGAAGGUGACCAGCGUGAGGGGAAUGAGCAGAAUGACUAUGACACGCGAAGCGAGGCCAGUGACUCGCGGUCAGAAUCUGUGUCCUUCUCUGAGGGCGAGUCUGUUCACUCAGGCACGGGCUCAGAGGCCUCAGAUGAGGGAAGGACAGAGAAGAAAGGAGCUAGAAGGAUAUCUCCAAUCGUUUUUGAUAGAAGUGGAAGCUCAGCUUCAGAAUCAUACACAGGAUCUGAGAAGAAGCGAGAGAAGCUUCCCUCGUCUGUUCGUGCUGUGAGAAAAGACCAGACCAGUAAGCUGAAGUACAUCCUGCGAGAUGCCCGCUUCUUCCUGAUCAAAAGCAACAACCAUGAGAAUGUUUCUCUGGCCAAAGCAAAGGGUGUGUGGUCCACUCUGCCGGUGAAUGAGAAAAAGCUGAACGCUGCGUUCCGCUCUGCCCGGAGUGUCAUCCUCAUUUUCUCUGUGAGAGAAAGUGGAAAGUUUCAAGGUUUCGCUCGGCUUUCCUCUGAAUCUCAUCACGGCGGGUCGCCCAUCCACUGGGUCCUGCCCGCGGGCAUGAACGCCAAGAUGCUGGGAGGUGUCUUCAAAAUUGACUGGAUCUGCAGACGUGAAUUACCUUUCACGAAAACAGCACACCUGUCCAAUCCAUGGAAUGAACACAAACCUGUGAAAAUCGGCCGUGACGGACAGGAGAUUGAGCCUGACUGUGGGACCCAGCUCUGUCUGCUCUUCCCGCCGGACGAGAGCAUCGACCUGUAUCAGCUCAUUCACAAAAUGCGCCACAAGAGACGGAUGCACUCAGAGCCUCGUUCGCGAGGUCGCCCCCCCCACAGAGAGGCGCCGGCACGUGACAUGGGAAGGCGUCGGCCCGAGGACUAUGACACGCACAACAGAAAACGUCCCAGGAUUGACUGUCCUCCAGAAUUUCCACAGAGACCAGGUUUCAUACAAGACCCUCGCAACCCCCCAGUGGAUAGACGGUUCUCUGGAGUUCGACGAGAUGUAUUUCUUAAUGGGUCUUACAACGACUACAUGAGAGAAUUCCACCACAGCAUCGGACCUCCCCCACCCUGGCAGGGAAUGGCGCCAUACCCAGGUAUGGAGCAGCCCCCUCACCAUCCAUACUACACACACCACCCCCCUCCACCCCAGGCCCAUGCACCCUACUCCGGACACCACCCCAUCCCACACGACACCCGCUUCAGGGACAAGAGGGUUGUCCGCUCCUUCUCCUCCAGUCUGCAUGACUACGACAUGCGUGUGGACGACUUCUUGCGGCGCACGCAGGCCGUGGUGAGUGGCCGCAGGAGCCGCCCCCGAGAGCGCGACCGGCCAAGGGAACGCGACCGACCUCGCGACGCUCGACGGGACCGAGAAAGAGAGCGUGGCCGAGAGCGAGAUAGAGACAGAGACCGCAUGAGGGAGAGGGAGAGGGAGAAGGAGAGAGGCCGAUACCGCAGAUAGACUUCAGAUUUGACUACCAUGUUGUCUCCGUGUCUCUUUUUUUCCUCCGUUUUUCCAAACAAAAGCUUGUUUUUUCUUUUGGUUUUGUUUGUUUUUUAAUUGAAGCUGAACUCUAGUUUCGUAAAUGGAAUUCCUUUGUAAUGCAUUGUUUUGUUGGGUUUCUUUUUAAAUGUACAUAUUGUUUUAUUGAACCUUAAAACAACCGUGUAUGCAUGCCCUGUGUUAUGGAGUCAUGACAACCAGAAUCUUAAGAGAAGAAAAAAAAAAAAAAAGUCCUUUUUCCAUUUUAUACAUGCAUCCUGAGAACAAACCCUUAUGGGGUUGUGUAUGUGGUGUUUAGAUCAGAUGCCAGUCUUUGGGUAUGUUUGAUUUACUUCAGUUUCUGGACUGUCUGUUCCUUGCAUUUGCUGUUGGUGACAGUUUUGCGUCAGGAUGGGCAUUAAACCCUGCACUUGCUACAGUAUGUUUGUGCUGUAUGUAACUGUACUUUGUUAAAUUAAGUUGAAGUUAUUCCACAGAGAGUACUCACUAGAUCCUUUUUCAUAGCUGUCUGUUGAUAAAACAUUCAUAACUCAUGUGUGUCGUUUUGUAUGAAAGAAAAGCAAUAUCGUCAUAUCCUUGUUUCUCCUUCAACUGCCACGGCGCCAGUCAGUGUUUAAUGACUCGAUGUUUUGAGGAUCUGUAAAAUGAUUUGCAAUGUAAAGAUGUUUGUGGUCAAGAAAAGUUGUAUCUUUUAUUGAUACUUUU